AUUUUGAUUCAUUUUUUUUUUGUCAAACAUUCCAUUUUUUUUCAAUUGAUAAUCAUCAUUAUCAUCCAAAAACGUAACUAUCAUGUCGAACGUAAAACAACAACGACGAGGUGUACUAUUUGUUUGCCUUGGUAAUAUUUGUCGUUCACCAAUUGCUGAAACUGUUUUUCAAAGUUUAAUUGAACAAAGAAAUUUAACAGAUAAAUGGUUUUGUGAUAGUGCAGCAACCAGUUCAUAUCAUACAGGUGAUUUACCGGAUUAUCGUGCUAUACAGGUACUGAAAGAACAUGGCCUGCAAACUGAACAUCGAGCACGUAAAUUAACCAAAGAAGAUUUCAAUAAAUUUGAAUGGAUUUUCGGUAUGGAUGAAAGUAAUAUCAGUAAUAUCAAACGAAUGUCACCAUCAAAUUCACAAGCAAAAAUUGAAUUACUUGGAUCUUAUGAUCCUGAAGGUCAAUCGAUUAUUGAAGAUCCUUAUUAUCAAGGUGGAAUUGAUGGAUUUAUUGCAAAUUAUAAUCAAUGUUUACGUUGUUGUCAAGCAUUUCUUGAUAAAAUGAAUUGAAUUUUUAUUUUAUUU